GGGUUCUGAAGCGAGAUCGGCAACCUGAGAAGACACCAAGAAAGCCAACCCUCCUAUAUAUUUGUAAUUGGACAGUUGCCAGAAGAGUAGACAAGGCUGAGAUGGAUAUGCACGGGGUCAGGUGACUGUCCUAUGCGCCGUCCAGCCUCGUUCUUCCCCUCAUCAUCUUUAAUGAUGCCUCAUCAACACAUCAUGGCCAUCGGCGAUCAAGAGCAUCUACAGAUAGCCUAUCUCCCAAAACGACAAACGAGUUCCCAGGAUGAUGGCCCACCAAAGCUGCGCCAUGACUCCUACUCAGUGGCCUGGAUCUGCGCGUUGCCGAUAGAAAUGGCAGCUGCACAAGCCAUGCUUGACGAAAUUCAUGAGACUUUGCCUACCGAUGCAGACGACACGAACACAUAUGUCCUGGGGCGAAUCGCGAAGCAUAAUGUUGUUAUCGCUUGCCUGCCGUUCACGCAAUAUGGCACCAAUAAUGCGGCCAACGUCGCAACCAACCUCAGAAGGACGUUCCCAUCAAUUCAGGCCAGCCUGAUGGUCGGCAUUGCCGGUGGUGUGCCUGGAAAGGCUGAUAUACGCCUGGGUGAUGUCGUCGUCGGCUCCAGUGUCCUGCAAUAUGAUCUGGGGAAGGUGAUCGGGGAUGGACAGCUCAAGAGCACCGCACUUGCUAGAUUCCCUGAUAAACUCGUCGCAACAGCCGUCUCUAGCCUGCGUGCUAAACACGAAAUGGAGCCUAGCCAAGUCCCUACUAUUUUGCAGCAGAAGCUGGGGAAAUACCCGAACUACGCUCGCCCGAGUACCGCCGAUAUUGUCUUUGAGGCUGUAUAUGAGCAUGAAUCCUCAGCCGUCAGCUGUGAUGUAUGCGAUCGAUCUAGAAUACUGGAGCGCAGCAAGCGGGGACCAGAAACUGUGGUGAUUCAUUACGGUGCCAUCGGCUCAGGGAACCAAGUCAUGAGAAGUGGAACGAAGCGCGACCAAAUCGCCAAUGAAUUUGGUAUCAUAUGCUUCGAAAUGGAGGGGGCCGGCGUGAUGGAAGUUGUCCCAUGUCUCCCAAUUCGGGGAAUUUGCGACUACUCGGAUUCGCACAAGACCAAGGAGUGGCAGAGGUACGCCGCCGGAACCGCUGCGGCCUACGCGACAGAGCUACUUGAGGUAUUGCCCAUAUCAGCAAAUCAUAGAAAGGCCGAGGACGUACCCGAUCGCUACCAGACGGCCAACCACAGAAAAAAGCUGUUAGAUAGCCUCCGAUUUAAGCGAAUGGGGAUUCGGGAGAAAACCAUUGCAAAGGAGCAUGCCAGAACAUGCGAAUGGCUACUAGAUCACCCUGAAUACAACGCAUGGAAUGACCAGGAGCAACAACCUGAGCACAAUGGCUUCCUGUGGAUCAGUGGCAAACCUGGUGCGGGCAAGUCUACUCUCAUGAAGUUUGCUUUCCUAAAGAUGAAGACCCAGGCCCGCUCACAGAACUUCGUUGCUGCUUCUUUCUUCUUCAAUGCCCGAGGCGAGUUGCUGGAAAGGUCCGUCUUCGGGAUGUAUAGGGCGUUGUUGGUCCAGCUGCUUGAAGGCUACCCUGACCUCCAGGCCGUACUCGACAACCCAGAUCUUGUUUCACCGGAAGAGGACUGUCUGCCAUUGGGAGUUUGCAAGGACCUCCUUUCAAAUGCCGUAAUGGACUUGCGCGACCGACUGUUUGUUUGUUUUAUCGAUGCCCUUGACGAGUGCGAUGAGCAACAGGUUGUGGAUAUGGUCUGGUACUUCGAAGAGCUGGCCGAGCAGUCUACGUCGGCAGGCGUGCAGUUUCGAGUUUGCUUCUCGAGUCGACAUUAUCCACAUAUCGCCAUUGAACGGGCGAUCAGGCUCAUACUGGAAGACCAGCCGGGGCAUGCUACGGACAUGGCUUCCUAUGUUGCUAGCCGUCUCAGCAUCAAAGAUAAAGUACUCCUCCGGGAGCUGCGACCGAAAAUACUCGAAAAGGCUGCUGGUGUUUUUAUGUGGACCGUGCUUGUCGUUCAUAUUCUCAAUAAGGAAGAUCGACAUGGUGGUUUGGCACUAAGAAAGCGACUCGCCGAUAUACCUAGCGACCUGAGUGAACUUUUCCGAGAUAUUCUGAAGCGUGAUGAUGAAAACAUGGAACAAUUUGUGCUUGCCAUGUUGUGGAUUCUCUAUGCAAAGCAACCUUUAUGCCCAUAUGAAUUCCAGCAUGCUGUGUGGUCUGGCUUGCGGCUGAAGGAUAUUGUAGAUCCGCAACCUCCGCACUUGAGCACGAUGGAUGCUGAGGACAGGGCUGGCAGGUUAGAGAGGUACGUGGUUAGUGCAUCAAAAGGACUAGCUGAAGUCACGAAGUCGACCCGGCCAACUGUUCAAUUCAUUCACGAAUCGGUGCGAGACUUCCUUAUCAGGGACAAAGGCCUGCUAGAACUUUGCCCCGGCUUGGGAGUUAAUGUCAAAGGCUCCAGUCAUGAUACACUUAAACAGUGCUGUUACGCAUAUAUAAAUGACGACUUCAUUCGCUUGUCUGUCGAUGAAAUGGAACCAGCAGAUAAUACCACCAAAACAAGGAGUCUGUUACUGGAGCGGCACCCCUUUCUGCAUUAUGCAACCCAACAGGUUCUUCAUCACGCCAGUGCUGCGGCUACGGCCAUUCUCCAGGACGAGUUUCUAUCCACCUUCCGUAUUUGUGACUGGGUGCGCAUAUCGAAUAUCUUUCAGCUCGACGAGAAAUGGCAUCGUAGCCCGAGCGUGACUCAGGCGUGAUCGAAACAUCCUCAUUCCUGGGGAGAGAUAUGAGUACCCGCUAUUUGCAGCCCUAGAGACCCAUCACCUUGAUGGCGCCGCCGCUCUUCUCAACUUGCCCUCGA